AUCAAUAAUUAUUUAUAUUUUUCCGAAUUUCAGUUCCAGUUUAUAUCAGAAACAUGGAAGGUGACGAUGAAGUGUGCGUCCCUUUUCAGGAUAUGGGAUUAGACGACAGGCUUCUAAAGGCAAUAUCACUUAUGAAUUGGGGAGAACCAACUCCAAUUCAAGAAAAAGCAAUACCUCUUGCUUUAGAAGGAAAAGAUAUUCUUGCCCGAGCCCGAACAGGUUCUGGAAAAACUGGUGCCUUCUGUAUUCCUGCGAUUAACAAGAUUUUGAUGCACAAGAAAAAUGUAGAAGAACAAACAGUAAAGGCUGUUAUCUUAACUCCAUCAAAGGAAUUAUGUAAUCAAGCAUUUAAGAAUGUAUCUGCACUUACACGAUGCUGCUCUCGGGAUGUCACAUGUUUUGAUGUUGCUCCACAAGUUUCUUUAUCUUCACAGAGACCGAUGUUAAUGGAAAGGCCAGAUAUAGUUGUUGGGACACCUAGUCGUUUAUUAGCUCACAUUAAGAAAGGAAACCUGGAUGUAAAAUCUAGUCUAGAAAUGAUAGUAAUUGAUGAAGCUGACCUUGUAUUUUCCUUUGGUCAUGAAGAGGACAUGAAAGAAUUAUUAAAACAUUUUCCUGAGAAAUAUCAAGCUUUAUUAAUGUCAGCUACGUUAACAGAUGAAGUUAAAACAUUAAAGAAAAUGGUUUUACAUAAUCCAGUAAUAUUAAAGUUGGAAGAAUCUCAACUACCAGAAACAAAUCAAUUAACACAGUAUGUUGUCAAGUGUGAACACAGAGAUAAGUUUGCUUUAUUAUGUGCAUUAUUAAAGCUGAGAUUAAUUCGAGGAAAAUCGAUUUUAUUUGUUAAUUCAGUCAAUAAAUGUUACAAAUUGAAGUUGUUUUUAGAACAAUUUGGGGUACCAACUUGUGUGUUAAAUUCAGAACUUCCAAUAAAAUCCAGAUGUCAUAUAGUAAGUCAGUUUAAUGAAGGUUUAUAUGAUUAUAUUAUUGCCUCUGAUGAAUCAGCAUGUUUUAAUCCUGUUGGUAAAGCAUUAGACAAAUCACAUAAGGGUUCCAAAAAAGACAAAGAAUAUGGUGUUUCACGAGGUAUUGAUUUUCAUAAUGUAACAAAUGUGAUCAAUUUUGAGUUUCCUAAGACUGUCAAAAGCUAUAUUCAUAGAGUUGGAAGAACGGCUCGUGGAACAAAAAAAGGUACAGCCUUGUCAUUUGUAAAUGUAAAAGAAAUGAAACUGUUAGAAGAUGUAGAAAAGGAUUUAGCUGAACAACCAGGAGGUAAUAAACUAGAACCAUUUCAGUUUAAUAUGGCAGAAAUAGAAGGAUUUAGAUACAGAUCAAAGGAUGCUAUGAUGUCAGUAACUCACCAAGCCAUACAGGAAGCCAGAUUGAAAGAAAUCAAAAGUGAAAUGUUAUCUUCACAAAAAUUGAAGUCAUAUUUUGAAGAUAAUCCCAAAGAUUUACAAGUUCUACGCCAUGAUAAACCAUUAAGAACAGUUAAACAGCAGGAACAUUUGAAACAUGUGCCUGAUUAUAUUGUCCCAAGAAGUUUACAUGGUUAUAGGGGAUUGAAAAGCAGGUCAAACCAAAGUCACCAUCCUUAUGCAAGCACACAAUCACAUGCUCAAAAACGAUACCAGAGAAUGAAAUCUGAUCCACUAAGAAGUUUUGAAUUUACAAAAGGCAGGAAGCAUUUUAGAAAAAAAUAAAUUAUAUGGAAGCCU